AUGGUUUCGGAGGAGGACGUCCAAACAAGGAUAUCAGCGAAGCUCACUCCGUCUCAUCUGGAGGUUGUGGACGAGUCGGAUGGCUGUGGCGCGAAGUUCGCCAUCACCGUUGUAUCUAAUGCUUUUGAUGGAAAAAGGCUUCUAGAAUGCCACAGACUAGUUCAAGACGCGAUUUCUGACAUCAUGCCCCAAAUUCACGCCGUCACCAUAAAGGCCUACACUCAGAGCAAAGUUUUAGAAAGUGAAUGUUUACCGUGUUGUUGGCCAGAUGCUAUCAGCAGUUGUUUUCCAGCAAACAUAUUGAAGGUUAAAGUUGACCCUGAUCUGAAAUCGCGAUUUCUGUCUGCUUCGAACUUCCUAUCAGCCAUUGUCAGCAAACUUGAGCGCAGUGAUCUUAUGCAGUUCUAUGCCCUCUACAAACAGGCCACCGUGGGUCAAGCAAGUCGGGAGAUCAACAUUUUGAACGUCUUAGCUCCAGAGUUGAGCAGAAGGAAACGAGCGGCUUGGGGAGCUUUCAAAAACAUCGAAAAUGUAGUGAAGAGGAUAAUGAACACCCGACUCCGCACCCACCUUUUCGACUCAGCAGUACUUCCUAUCCAAACGUAUGCGCCAGAAUCCUUGUCGCUGCGUAAGCAGUAUAAAAGAUCACUCUUUAUCGAAAGGACGAUGCUAGGAGUGUCCCGUUUCACACAAGUAAGGGAUGGAAUCCGAAGCUCCGAUCUGCAUCAACGAUCAAAAAUCAAAGAUGCCAUUCUGUACGCCAAACAGUCGAAGAUAAGGCGGGCCGGACACGUAAUGCGUGUGAACAACAACCGAUGGACAGGAGCCGUUAGUGACUGGAUUCCUCGGGAUGUCAAACGUACUUCAGGAUUACCACCGACCGAUGAGGAUACUGACCGACCGUCGUUCUUCGAUGCCAAGGGCAGAUUGAAGUAUGAGGCUUGGGCCCAACUUGGUAACAUGCCAAAGGAUGUCGCAAUGAAGACAUACAUUGCUAAGAUGGCGUACAUGGACUUAGGCUGGGAUCCUGCGGUGCAAAGCAUACCCUAUGGCUUCGGCACGCGGCCGAGCAGACCAGUGGUCAUAAGUGAAUCAGUGGGUGAAGCUUCAACUGCGGGCGUAGAUCGGGAGGUUGUGUUAUGGUUUACAGCAGCAAAGGCUGAUGACAUAACCACGGUUAUGAAUAUCUUCGAGCGAAGACCGGAACUACUCAACCAGACUGAUCAACACCUUGGAAUGACUGCUUUGCAUUGGGCUAUUGAUUCCGGUUGCGACAAUGUAGUACGGUAUCUGCUGGCGAAAAAUGCGGACGUGAACGCAAUUGAUCCAGAGGGCAACACUCCACUCCAUUUUGCCGCCUGCUGUCAUCGCCAAACAGCGGCAGAGAUUUUGAUUUCUAAAGGAGCGGACAAGACACUGCGAAACUGCGACGGUCAAACCCCAUCUGAAGUAUGUGAUGAUCCGACCCUACAAGCAAUACUAAUACCAUCAUAG